AAUGUAACACGGUCACGUGUGCAAAAGGGGAGAUGUGCUUGUUAAAGACAGUAAGUGGGUCAGGAAAUGCUAAAAAAUACAAAAUGAUGUGCGGUGCUCCAUUGUUCUGUUCAACUGACCGAAAGAGAAAUCAGCAAUAUUCGAGUGUCAUCGGUUUGCAGUCACGCGGUGCAUCAGUAGAUCUGCAUUGCUGUGAUUCUGACUUGUGUAAUAGUCCAGAGAAAACUAUUACAACAACGAGACCAAUUACAACGACGACGACAACAACAACAACUUCUACUCCCACAACGAGGCUGACUGUCAGUCAAACACCGGUGUACCACUAUGCAACACAACAACCAGCCUCGUGCCAGCGAGAUAUCAUCAUUAUGGUUGAAGACAGUCUGGAGAUGGCACUGUACUACGGUGUUGUAAAGUCCUCCCUAGCACAUGUUAUCUCACACCUAGAUAUUGGUCCUGGUGCAACAAGAGUUGGAUUAGGUACAUUCGGUCCCCACUCAGGCACGAAGAAAUGGGAUUUGGACAGUUACAUGGAUAAAGCCAGCGUCUUAUCAGCUGUAAAUCGACUGUCGCAUCAAAAUUGGGAUUCAAAUGCGAACAAUUUAGUUGCCGUGAAUUUCGUUCUACAAAACUUUUACCAAGGCAACAGACCGGGAGUACCCGAUGACGUCAUAUUCAUCACUGAAGGCCAUACGCCACAUUGGUUUAGCCAAAAUAAAUUAAACACGGCCAUCCAGUCACUCCAUCAGAAAAGCAACAACGUCAUUGCCAUAGCUCUUGGGGCAGCCAACCAAAACGAACUGCACCACAUUUCGACAGAUAACCAACAUUAUUUCUACGUUCAAGAUAUUCUUCAUUAUGACCACAACAACCUUGUGUCUAAUGUCCUAAAUUUAGUUCUUUGUAAAUGAACUGACAAGUGAUUUCAGAAAUAAAAGCAAAACCUGUU